AUGGAGCGUGGAAAGAGGGUUAUGCAGCCUGAAGAAGAUUUUGAUCUAAACAUGAUGCCGGAAGAGUAUAUGAAUGCGAAGAAGGCUAGGAUAUUCAAACUUGGAGAUAAUGUGAAAGAAUUAUCGAAAACUCAGACUGUCUUUAAUAAGGAGAAAGAAGACGAAUGUGAGACGGUGAAGAAGGCUAAGAUUUUUGAAAUUGAAGCUGCACUCGAUCAUAUGAUGCUAACAUCGACAAGGGAGACAUACCGUAAUAAGGAGUUGAAGAAGAAUCUGAUAGAGUACAUCGAAGAAAACGAGAUGCCUGUUAAAGUCAAAGAACUGAAAAAAGAAAAAGAUCAAAACUUAUUGUGGGAAUCGAUAAUUAUUAUGAAAGAAUUGGUUGGUAUGGAUCCAGAGGCUACCUCAUCUCAAUCGGGGAUCUCAGAUAAUAAUAAUAAGAAUAUAGAGUAG